AUGAUAGGCAGAUUCAUCUCUAAACUGAGAUCACCUGUUGUGCAUUUCCGUAUUACUGGCGAUAUCACAGAAGUCACGUAGCUUUUAUAUAGAACUAAACGUGUCCAAGCCCACAUGAAGAAGCUCUCCUAUCUUACUCCUAAAUUGCUCGCUGUAAGUGUAAAUUCUUGCCGAGGAUCAUUUGUUCAAGCAGAGAUUAUUUCAGACACUUUCAAGAAAUUUUCUUUAUCAAAAGAAUGCCCAUUCUACACCUUUGCAGAAGACUAUGCACUCGGUCCUGGCUAUUGCUUGUUGAGCUCAGGACAUCAAGCUUUUGCUGACAUCCACUCCAUACUAGGAGGAAUUUCUACAAGUUUCCAGCAGCUUGGACUUCAACAGUUUGCUAAAGACUUCAGCAUUGAGCCUGUUUUUAUUGCAGCUGGCAAAAAUAAAGUAAGACUCAAUCCCUUUGAAAAAGUAAAGCAAGAAGACGAAAAAUGGAUCAAACAAUUAUUGAAUUCCAGGCAAGAAUUAAUGAAAAAACACGUAUUAAGCCAUAGAAAAAAUUUACAGGUGAGCUUUAUAUAGGUCACUCCUCAAAAUGAAAAAGAAAUCCUUGGGGGAGAAAUUUAUUCAGCUAAAAAAGCUAUUGAUGUUGGAUUAAUUGAUGGAGUUAAAGAAAUUUCAAGCUUUGCUGAGCAAGAGUUUCCUGGAGUCAAGACCUGGUAUUACAAAGUGACUGGAAAAGAAAGAAGAUUUGUAGCGAGAGGCGAAAUUGAAAAAUGGAUUGAAAACGCUAAUCAAGGAUAUCUUUCUCAAGAAGAAAUUUUGGAAUUGAUGAACGAAAUUUGCCAGUAUGGCUUGUCGCAUCGUAUGGAAGCUAAGAUAAAUUAA